AUGGCGAUUGCCAUGGGCUGGCAGAAGCCCGACAAUGUCGCCGGCUCGUCAGCCCCGGCCAUCAUGGUCGGUCUCUUCGUCGCUUCUGGCGGCCUUCUUUUUGGCUAUGAUACAGGCACGAUAAACGGCAUUCUCGCCAUGGAGGCUUUCCGACGAGACUUCACCACUGUGCCUCAGGGAGCCGACGGACGAUAUAUUAUCACGGCCGCCCAGUCCUCCAUCAUCGUCGCCAUCCUCAGCGCGGGCACGGCCCUCGGUGCACUACUGUCUGCGCCGGCAGGCGACACCAUCGGCCGUCGCAUGUCCUUGCUUGUAUCCGUCGGCGUCUUCUCCUUUGGCGGUAUCUUCCAAGUCUGCGCGCAUAAUAUCGACAUGCUUCUUGUCGGAAGGUUCUUUGCAGGUGUGGGAGUAGGCGCCAUUUCGGUCCUCGUCCCCCUUUACCAGUCUGAAAUGGCUCCAAAAUGGAUACGUGGAACACUCGUCUGCGCCUAUCAAUUCUCCAUCACCUUGGGUUUGCUUUGGGCCUCGAGCGUGAACAUGUUAACUCAACACAUGCAAUCACCCGCCGCCUAUCGCAUACCACUGGGCAUCCAGCUUGUAUGGGCUGUCGUACUGGCUGCCGGUCUUCUCGUUCUACCCGAGACUCCACGUUAUCUGGUUAAGUCUGGCAAGCAAGAGGCGGCAGGCCUCUCGCUCAGUCGACUUCGCCGUCUCGACAUCACUCAUCCGGCCCUCCAGGACGAAUUACGCGAGAUCGUGGCCAACCACGAAUAUGAACUCACUUUGGGCCCCGACUCAUACCUCGAGCUCUUUACCGGCCACCCGCACCUCGGACGACGUACCCUGACCGGCUGCGGACUGCAGAUGCUGCAGCAACUCACUGGUAUCAACUUUAUCAUGUACUACAGCACCACCUUCUUUGACGGUGUCAAUGUCGAUGACCCCUACCUCAAGUCCCUCAUCCUUCACAUCAUCAACGUCUGCUCCACCAUCCCGGGCCUAUUGGUCAUCGAGACGUGGGGCCGCCGCAAGCUCCUCAUUGUAGGCGCUAUUGGUAUGGCCAUCUGCCAGCUGUUGAUCGCCUCUUUCUCGGCAGCAGCAGGAGCCCAUCUCCGGCAGGCUUCGCAGAUCAUCCUCAUCGUCUUCUGCGCCAUCAACAUAUUCUUCUUCGCGGCCUCCUGGGGUCCGGUGACGUGGGUUGUCACGUCCGAAAUUUACCCCCUGAAGAUCCGUGCCAAGGCCAUGUCCGUAUCCACCUUUGCUAACUGGCUGCUGAACUUUGCCAUUGCCUAUGGAACGCCGUUCAUGGUCACGGAUGAGCCUGGAUCUGACAACAUUGGGCCCAAAAUCUUCUUCCUCUGGGGCGCCUUCUGCAUCAUCGCAUUAUUAUUCGUAUGGUGCAUGGUAUACGAGACCAGCAAGGUCAGUCUCGAGCAAAUUGACGAGAUGUACGAACGCAUCGACUACGCUUGGAACAGCACGCGAUUCGAGCCCAGCUGGAGCUUCCAACAGCUGCUCACAGAAGGCUGUCUCGGCCGUGAUACACAGCGCGGAGAGCAGGUAAAAAACCAAAAGAAAUACCACGCCCAACCCAGCAUGAGUCGGCUGGAGGACCUCGACGAGGAGGUCCUGGCCAUUGUGCUCAGGUCUGGACUCAUCAACCUCAACAACCCCGGCACGCAAUACGAAGUCUCCCAUGCCAUCGACAUGGCUCUCGGGCUCGCUGGCGAUGAGCAGAUCAACAUUGCCAUAAUGAGGAGCGUGCAGGGUCAAGUGGCUGCUUCUGCUUCAACCUCUGCCCCAACUACCAUGCCUCCUGCCACGGAAAAGGGUGCGGAACAGCCCGCCUGGAUCGGUGAAGCGGAGAGGAAGAGAAUACUGGCCCAUCUAGAGGCCGAAGCUGGCUCUGUUGACGAAGCUGACGAUGGGAGAGGGUGUGAUACGGAUACAUUGUGCUCCAUCUGCCUCGAGGUCAUGGAGCCCGAGAAACAAAUCAAGCUGCCGUGCGGUCACGUCUGGUGCAAGAAGUGUCUCUGCCGACACCUCGCCAGCGGUCUGGGUCCCGGCGCCGCCUGGCCGCCCAAAUGCUGCGACCCGCUCGCCACGUCGACGAUCGCUUGGCUGGACAUGCCCGACGUGCUGCGCCUCUGGCUGCAGGCCCAACAGCAGAACGAGACACCCGUCGGCGAGCAGGUUCAUUGUGCUCGCCCGGGUUGCGGCGAAUUCAUCCCGGCGAGGCUCACUGAGCAAACAGACGCCACAUGCCUGGUCUGUGGCGAGAACACAUGCCGUGCCUGCCGCCGAGUCUCACAUCCAGGGCGGCCCUGCACCGCCGAUGCGGAGGAUGAGAUGCUCAAGGAUCUCAUGGAUGAGAAGGGGUGGUCGAGCUGCCCGCAGUGUAGUCGGAUCAUCGAGCUGACUGCCGGCUGCAACCACGUAACGUACGUUCACUCUGGCUGCUUUUCGUCCGGUGGUUUCAUUAUGAAGUUGAACGCCUGGGGACAUUUCUGUUGA